AUGGCGGCCAAGAUGCAGACGGAGACGCCGUACGUGCCGCUGGAGCUUCUAGCGUCGCAGAUCCUGUCGCGCCUCCCCGUCGGGUCGCUGCUCCGGUUCAGCACCACGGGGUUUUACCGGUGGGAGCCUCGGGGCAAGGACGCCGUGACGCUCCUGCACCGCAUGGCCGACGACCACAUGCUCCGGGAGAUGGAAGCGGCGCAUGACUUGGCGCACUGCGAUGGCUUGGUGCUGCUGCCAUCCGAGGCCACGCUGCGGAUGCUCAACCCGGCCACGCGGCGCAUCCUCAGCAUGGCUUCCGUGGAGCCGCGGCACCAAAGUGCCGCCGUUCGAUCCGUAUACAAGCUCGCUAAGGGAUACCAAUACACCCUCGGGAUGGAGAUCUUUACUGUCGGAACAGACCAGCAAUGGCGGGAUGUAAAGAAGCCCCCACCAUACCCUAUCAAGCCUGCGCGAACGGCCACCUUCUGCAAAGGAUCCCUGUACUGGACCGUCGAGAAGAUGCUUCUCGGCGAUAAAACACACAUGCCGGGUUUCGUCCGCCUAAACCUGCAGGAUGAGUCGUUCAGUCUUGUCCCGGCGCCACCUUGGUUCAGCUCGCUAAUAAAGGGCUCUGCGGUGCCCCGCUUAGCCGAGCUACGCGGACAGUUAUGCCUUGCGCAUUCUGGGCAUACCAUAAUGUCAAUCGAGAUAUGGAUGUGUUGCUGUUUGGAUGAUAGCACGCCGCAUUGGCAUCGGCGCUUUGUCAUCCCUAUUUUCAGCCUACAUGUUUCUCCGAAAGCCAUAUUUGAUGAGGAGAUAGUGUGCCAGCUCGGAACUGCCAGUUUGUUGCGCUACAAUUUUCGAACCGGGGCAUACUUCGUGAUGGAUAUGGGUAAGAUGCACGACCCGAGACAUGGAAACCGCGACAACAGCUACGUCGCAGGCACGAUUUUUGAGAACACUCCUUCCGCCGUCGAUGCAUUCGAUGUGAUACCCUAUGUUCCAAGCCUGGUUCAUGUCUAG